UGGAGCGGUAAGGAGCGAGGAAAGGGAGGGAGAGAGUGAGCGAGCGGGAGGGAGGGAGGAGUAGAGAGUGUCUGUCUAGCAUUCAUCACACCCCAGUGGCUGUGGGAGACCACACAGAGUGGGGCCGGUUUGUUGGCUAUUUAGCUGGCUGUGCCUCCUAGUGCUGUGGGAGGCACUAACGGGGAUUGGCAGAGAGAGACAGAUCAACCUGGGAAGAUCCUGAGUGAUCCGCUGCCCGAUACGAACACAUACACAGCCACGAUAGAUGUUCAUGGUUGGCCUGAAGUCGAUUUUCAGCAGCGAUUGGAUAAUUUACUAACUGUGACAGAGUGGUUCUCCUUUCAUCCCAAGUCUAUGGAAGUGAAUGACUUCAGAAAAUCUCACACUAUACAUUGAAGAUUAUCUGCAGCAUAUAGUGUCUCAACACAUUGCUAGUAUGUCAAGUGAGCAGGACCACGGGAGAACCAGGGCUAAGGCUUCUGCCCCCCACGGCGUCCUGCAGCUGGCUCUCUCAUCCGGGGACAGAAACGCUAACUCUUGCCCCUGUCCCCGAGCCUCCUCCCCAGACUCUCCGAGGAGCCUGAGUGACAGGAGCACCAGCAGCCCUUCUGACAUAGACAUGCUGGAGGUGGGCCUCAGCCAGGGCUCCCCAGACGACCACCCCUCCCACGUGGACGCCAUCACCAACUCCACCUUUGCUCUCCCACCGCUACAAGUCACAGUGCCCGGGGAGGUGAAGGUGGAUGCAAGCCAAACCUCCAUAUCCAGCUGCAUGAGCAACACCAGUGUGGACAACUGGAAUGGUAACAUUAGUCUGGUGAUCAGUAACCUAGGGACCAGCCCCAGCCACACUAGGGGCAACGAGGAGGCACCCUCUCCCAACUCGGCGGAGGGUGAGAGCUUGCGAGGUUCCGUGGUAGUGUUGCGGCGAGCCUUCAGCGAGAACGGCUGCUCACUCAGCUCGGAGGAGAUGGUGAUGCGGAGCAACAGCUUCUGCCUGCAGGAGGACCAGGCUCUGGCCAUCUCUCUUCUGGAGGAGACCUCUUGCUCCCCCGCCCUGGGACCCUGCUCCCCUGCCCUGCCCACCGAACUCAGCCGGAUGUCAGACACUCUCCCUGAUGUCUGCGAGGGCCAGAAGGGACAGAAGAACAUGCCCGCUCAGCAUUUCCGGGGAAUGACUUUCAACCUGCCUGAGGACCACCAACUCCCCCCUGAAGAUGAUCCCUUGGUGCAGUCCGCCUCUCCAGGAGACGUACCAUUUAAAAGGAAUGGGGGUCAUCUAAGGACCUUCCUCUGUGAACCUAACCCUGCUUCCACAGCUUAUGACGGUGUCUCCCUGGCCACUAUACCUUGCAGUAAGACUGUCUCUGAGCUGUGGCCUUACUUUACUGGAGGCUCCACCCCAGAGGAGGGCCAGACCGUCCCCUUCCCAGCCAAUGAGGAUCCUGACUCCAGUGACCAUGUCCAGACUUCCACCCCGGUGCAGAACGUUGGGAACCAAACCAUCAGUUUCCCCAUACUCAAUGAGUCUCCCUUCACAACCAGCCCUGCCCCACACUCUGGCCCGAGGACUGCUGUCACCCCUAAACGGCGGCUGGUCGCCAGGCUGCCCCCCUCGACUGGCAGAAUCAGUAAGGCAGAGAUCAAAAGUUUCCGCAAGCCCGAUUUUAGCUGCAUCAAACCAAAGAUCAUGACCAGACCGGCCAGUCAGACAUCGAUGGCUAGCCCUGUUCUUGCCAAGGCUACAUAUUGCAACCCAGGUCAGGUGACCCUCUCCAGCAACCUGUCUCAAGGGAACAAGAGCACACCAACCACAAGUCCGCCUGUAGGGGUCGGGAAUAACAUUCCUCCUAAAUCUGAUGGUGAUGGCCAGCUGAGCAAACCCCUGGCUGCAAUAGGGGAGUCAGUCGGAGUUCCUUACCUUGGCAUGACCUUUAUCCAAUCCGAGGACCAGGAUCUGUCUCCGGCUGCUGAGGAUGGAAAGUGUAGAGGCUCCGUGUGUGACAAAAUGCCGUCAGUGUGUGAGGAUGUUCCAGCAGCCAGCCCAGCUGGUCCAGAGGCGGGGCAUGUAGCUUCCAGGUCAGAACCUUCCUCAGGCCCCUGCCCUGGCAACCAGACCUUCUGCAUCACCUCCCCACAAUCCAGCGCCAGCAAGGACCAGGGCAAGCCCACAUCAGCCCCAGCCAAUGAGAGGAGGGAAGAAGUGCCAGACCACAACAGGAAGAGGACAAUUGUGACGUCCAAUCGGGAAAAGCCUCCCACGCCCGCGCUGCGCUCUCGUUGCUUUUCCGAGAGUUCCUCCGUCUCUCGAGUGAUUAGGGAGACCAGAGGCUCCAUCAGCUCCUCUUCCAGCUUCACCACCUCCAGGACCUACAACCUCCAGAGCCAAGCAAAACCAGACCUCCAGAACAGGCAUCACAGACAGCUGGAGGCCAGCAAGGCCACACCAGACAGGCCCAGCCCUGGGUUCAGGAAGGUCAGCCUGCCGACGGCGCCCUCCAAGACGUCCGUGACUGCAGGAGGAGCGGCAGGAGGAGCGGCCUGCGAGGGGAGUAGGAGCCGACCGGGAGUGAGGCCACCCCCCUUCAGAACCAGGGGAGCACUGGUCUGCCCCAGCCCCAGACCUGCCCCUCUAGCCCCCAGGCAGAGGCAGGGAGCCUGGGGCAGAGAUGGCUGCAGCAACCCUGGAGGCAUGGCCACACCGAGGACAAAACACACCUUCUCCUCCUCCUCCUCUGCAGGUAGUCAGAUGGCCCGUUCGACCGAGGGGCACUCUGUGGGGGCCACUUCUGUGGGGGCCACUUCUGUGGGGGCUACCUCAACCAAGGGUGGCGCCAGGCCCCCCGUAAGCAGAUCCCGGCUCCUCCAGACCCCUGGCCGUGGCUCCACCCCUGGCCGUGGCUCCACCCCUGGCCGUGGCUCCAACCCAGCCCACCCCUCCACCCCAGCCUUCAGACUGCCCCACAAGCCCCAGGCUCAGGGACCUCCCAGGAGCCAACCCUCCAAGACCAGCGAGCACAGCUUCAGCACAGGAAACACACAGGCUUCUGGGGGUCCUGGCCAGAGUUCUGCUGGAAGAGCUCACAACCCCCACUCCUCCACAGCCCCAGUGUUGAGAGCCAGGCUCCUCACACAACCAGUGAGGUGCACAGGAUCCGCCUCAGUAGCAGUAUGCAAGACCACGCCGUUGACCAAUCAGACGGCCAGUCCUCUGAAGAGAACCGCCUCCUCCCGGCUGGUCCACCCCACAGCUUCUGUACCAGUGGACAAGAACCGGCCCAAGGCAAACCCACGGAACCAGCCUGCAGCGCAGCCGACGCCCGCGCCUCCAGCCCCCAGCCAUGGGCACCCGGACCUGGUGCUCAUGGCGGCCAGGACGAGGGGCCCUGCGGAGAGCUACCAGGCCCUGUGUGAGAAGCAGAAGCGCCUCCGGGGCCUCCUGGCCAGCAGUGACUGCAGGUUCGAGGCCGUGGUCGUGGUUCUGCAGCAGGCCCUGGCAGAGCGUGACGAGGCCAUGAAGCAUCGCAAGGCGCUGUCCCAGGAGAUGGUCGCCCUGAAGGGAGAGCUGGUGAGCUCUUCCCACACCUGCGACCGUCUGAAGCAGGAGAAGGACGAGGCUCUGUCCACCAUGGAGGAGGUGCUGCUGAAGGUGCAGGAGCAGCACGGCAGCCAGCUGGCCCAGCUGGAGGACAGGCUGCAGACCUUCUACCAGGCAGAGUGGGACAAGGUCCACCUCACCUACCAGCAGGAGGCUGACAAGUACAAGGCCUUGAUGGAGCAGCAGAUGGGGGAGCUGAGGGCCACUCAUGAUGACCUGAGACAGAUGCUGGAAAACAGGCACUCCGAACAUCUCCAGAGUGUCCAAAAGCAGUAUGAAGACUCGCUGGAGGAGAUGAGGACGACUCACAAGCAAGAGCUGCAGACUUUAGAGGAAACGCUGAAGGAGGCCGAGGCCACUCGGUCUGGCCAGAUCCAGGAGCUGACAGCAGAAAACGGCACUCUCAGCCAGAGGCUGAAGGUGGAGGAGGACAGGAGGAGGGAGCUGGCUGACAAGAACCAGAAGGACUCCCACACCCUGUACCUGGAGCAGGAGCUAGAGAGCCUCAAGGUGGUGCUGGACAUCAAGAUCAAGCAGCUGCACCAGCAGGAGAAGAAGCUCAUGCAGAUGGACAAGCUGAUGGAGAAGAGUGUGAAGCUGGACGAGUGCCUUCAGAAGGUCCAGCAGGAGAACGAGGACCUGAGAGCCCGCAUGGACAGACACAGUGCCCUGUCAAGGCAGCUGUCUACGGAGCAGGCUGUUCUCCAGGAGUCGCUCCAGAAGGAGUCCAAGGUCAACAAGCGUCUUUCCAUGGAGAACGAGGAGCUCAUGUGGAAGCUCCACAACGGUGACCUGAGCAGCCCCCGCAGGAUGUCCCCCACCUCGCCCGCCCUCAGCCUCCAGUCGCCCCGCAGCUCGGCCAUCUUCUCCAGCCCCCCCGUCUCACCCAGAUAACGACGGCCCUCCGCUUAGAAGCUACAUUAGCUUAGCACCCUGUUGCCAUGGAGACUCCUGCUCCAGAAGGGGUCCUGUUGACACUCUGUACAGGUGACUGACCCAGCUCAGAGGACUGACUGUCGCACAGAACUCUCACCGAGGGAGGAUGCCCUUGUUCUAUGCCUUUCUCGUCUGAUACCAUAGGUGGAAAAUAAGGAACUCUCAGGACAUGUAUAUAUUGAGACACUAUUUUUGUUACUUAUUGAUUGGCCGCUAAUGCUUGUUUUCCUGUUUGAAGCUUCACGCGGUCAAGCUUGUUCGCACGCACACAAUCACAAACACACACACUCAUCAGUGCUCUUGAGUGUUUGUUCAGACUCUGAUGACCAAAGGCAGACCUGUAUGUUGAGGAGAACAGUUAUAUAAGCAUGGCUAUGAAUCCCCCAAAUAUUGAAUCCCUCCAUGAGAUUAUGUAAGCCUCCUAAUGUGAAUGUCCAUUCAGGAAUGAGCUUGUGGCCCUUUUUUUGUGUCAGCUGUCAUUCUACCCAUUUUAUCCUGAAAUUUAUUCCAAUUUGACAAAUCACAGUAGAUUAGAAAUCCUCGUCAACAAUAUUUGCAUCAAUAUUGCAUUGCUAAUAUAGUGUAGUCACGCACAUGUAAAGUGCAUCUAUGCCCAGCAGCAGUAAACAUGGAGAUUGAAUCUAGACUGACCAUGAAUACCAAGCUGCAUCUUUUUUCAUUGCUUGUAUUUCCCAACACGUUUUAAAGAUCCAUCGAUUAUCCAUCCAUUAAAGAUCUAUCAAUGUUCCAACCGCAAAAAUGUUUUGCCACAGCUAAAGUCAACCUAUCCACUAAAAGAACCAGUUAACAGUUUACUCCAUAAAACUACUCAGUAACCAGGAUCAACAACUAAAAUAUGUUUUUCUCCAUUUUCCCAUGGGACCAAUCUUGAUGACUGCAUGUUUGACUGACUCCAUCCCCCCAUACUCCUCUGAGUCUAUACUGCAGCUUUAAGCUUGGGGGUUCAGGGUCUCUAAAACAAGACGCCGCCAUGACGACCGUAGGGAACACUGAUUGUGUUUUGGAAAUGGCGUCCUGAAUCCACGUCAAGGAAGGACUAUGGUGGAUAUGGAAAUAAUUGGUGUGUUGAACUUGUUUGAGAUAUGCAAUUAUUAAUAAAGUCGUAUAAACAAUGUAAA